UUCAGGAGAAGGAGAGGCCCAGAAUCCAGAGGACUCGGGUGAUCCUUUUAGCAGUAAAUAAGCGAUUGGUGAAUAAUGGAGCAGCUGAUUGGGGAACCAGUGUCAGAGGUGUAAUCUUUAAGCACUUGUGGACUCACUAUGCAGGAAAUGGAUAGAAUAACAGUUUUGCAAGAAAGAGCCUCAAGUCUGAAGACAUUGAAUUUCCUGCGGCUUGCACCUUGUCUUCCUGUGGGAAUGGGACAAUGACUGAUCAAGUCUGGAAUGGAAUUCCUCUUUGGCCUCUCAUCACAUGGAUGACUGGUGAAAAACCUAGAACUGUGGAUGCUGGAGAUCUAAAAUAAAAUCCAGUUCUAAAGAAAGAGUCAGUGGACCUUUCUUUCCACAGACACUGCCAGAUCUGGUGCUGUACCUGUCGUAAUGACCCACAAACUCUGUCUUUGUGCUGACAUUUGAUAAUGUUGGUUUGGUAUGGCUGCUGCUGAUGAAUCCUAUUUGGAAGGACAAAAUGGGGGUUUUGUGUCUUACAUGAUUGAAAUAGUGGAAAAAUGGACCGGCUUGGAAAUUUUGGAAGGCUCCUUGAAUUACUUGGACUACCUUCUGUGGGUUUUCACUCCCCUCAUUAUUGUCUUCAUUUUGCCAUUGUUUAUUAUUCUGUUCCUAUACCUUUCAAUUCUUUUUCUACACGUGUACAAAAGAAAGAGAGAGCUACAAGUGGCUUAUUCUAAUAAUGUUUGGGAUGGAGCUCGGAAGACUUUAGCAACUCUGUGGGAUGGACAUGCAACAAUAUGGCAUGGUUACGAAGUUCAUGGUUUGGAAAAGAUUCCUGAUGCAGGGCCAGCCUUGAUUGUUUAUUAUCAUGGGGCCAUACCCGUAGACUAUUACUAUUUUUUAGCUAAAGUAAUUAUACAAAAAGGAAGAACCUGCCACUCUGUAGCUGACCAUUUUCUUUUUAAAUUACCAGGCUUUAAAUUAUUGUUGGAAGUUUUUAGUGUCAUGCAUGGUCCGCAAGAAGAAUGUGUCAAAGCUUUGAAAAGUGGUCACUUACUGGCCAUCUCACCAGGUGGAGUCCGUGAAGCACUGUUUAGUGAUGAGACUUACAGCAUAUUCUGGCGCGGUCGAAAGGGUUUUGCUCAAGUGGCAAUUGAUGCGCAAGUGCCCAUUAUUCCUAUGUUUACACGGAAUAUUCGAGAAGGGUUUAGGACAUUUGGAUGUUUUGGUAUAUGUAAGUGGUUAUAUGAAAAAUUUAAAUGGCCAUUUGUUCCAAUUUAUGGUGGUUUUCCUGUCAAAUUUUGUACUUACUUGGGAGAUCCAAUUCCUUAUGAUCCCAAUAUAACUGCUGCUGAGCUGGCUGAACAGGCAAAGCAAGCUGUGCAGGGUUUGAUAAACAAACACCAAAAAAUACCAGGAAAUAUACUUCGGGCCCUUUUAGAACGUGUUCACUGGAGACAAAAAGAUGAAUGACUUUACACUCUUCAGAACACAUUUUAGUGAACGCUUUUUUAAAACAUUUUCUUCUCUAAAGUAUCUACAACUAUUCAAAUACUGAAUAAUGUUUGCUGUUAUACAUUAAAAAUAUUUUGUUGAAAAAGUCUUGCACCAGUAUUAAUGUUACUUGACUUUCUAAUGGUUUUAAUACUGAAUGUGGCAUAGCACAUUGGGUUGCCAUUAUACAGUAUCAUAGAGUGAGAAAAACAUUGGUUCACCUGCUCACUUCUAUUAUGUUUUCGUCUCCAUGUGAUGCCAUGGAAAGAUACUAAGUAAAGACUCAGCACCUUCCUUCCAAUUUGAAGGUAGAUUAAACUGAGUUGGAUUGCCUUAUGUCUUUAGAACUUGGCUGGGGAAUGGCAAUGAUAGAGUACUGGGAACAAAAUUUGCUGCAAGAGAUAGGAGAUCUCAAGAUCUAUACAGGGGGGAAAGAUGGAAGUGAAAUAGAUUUUACCUUCUUUGGGUUUGGCAUUGAUAAUGAUGGGGGAGAAGCUGUGAAGAGAACAAAACUGAUGUGCUAUAAAUAUAAAUUACCAGAUGAAGUACUGGAAAUUUUUCGAACUUAAUUGCAGUCUGAUAUCAGGACAUACAUUUUAAAUUAACCUACAGCUUUCAUGGCCUACAUUUCUGUUUUGUUUUAACUAGACUUUCUGCCCUAAGUUAUAUUGAUUCUGCUCAUGCAAUACAUAACAUUGCAGGAAUGCAAGGCAUCCGUCACAAUAAUUUGCCAUUCAAUGUGAUCAUCAUUGAUUGAUUAUCCUCAACUCUACUUUUCUUCAAUGCUUGAUUCCCUUGCUGAUUAAAAAUCUGUCUCAACCUUGAAUAUGCUAAAUGACCCAGACUUGACAGUCCUUUGCAAUUAAAAAUUCCACAGUUUCACUACCAUCUAAGAAGUGAUUUCUCCUCAUCUCUGUCUUAAAUGUGUGAUCUCUUAUUCUGAGAUAACACUCUCUGGUCCUAGCCUCUCCCACAAGGGGGAAGAAAAAUCCAGUCUUUCUGGAUCGAUUCUGUUAAGUCCCCUAAGAAUAAGGUUUCCUUCACUCUUCUAGAUUCUAAUGAUUGCAGGUCCAUCUCACUCAACCUUUCCUUACAAGACACUCCCUUCAUAGCUGGUUAUCAGCAUGGUAAACCUUCUCCUUUCUUCAACGUUAGUAUAUUUUUUGUUCUCAUUGGUUUGUGGUACAUUUGUAUGUGAAUUCAAGUCAGGACGGCACGGUGGCAUAGUGGUUAGCACUGCUGCCUCACAGUGCCAGGGACCCAUGUUCAAUUC